AUGUUUAUCGUUACACACGAUGCAGAUCAAAAUCAUUGGUUAUUAUUAAAUGUGAUUGCUGAAUGUAAUGGUGGAUCUAAUCUUUGUCAACAAUCCUAUAGUAACAUAACGCAUCUUAUAACACAUGACUCAUAUGCUCUUUCACCUAAUAUUGCAGCAACCCAGGAUUAUGAUAUUAUCAAUCAACUUAGUAAUGGGGUCAGAGGGAUCAAGCUAUCGGCUGUUCCUUCCCUUAUGAAUCCAAAUAGGAUUCAUCUUUGUCAUACUACUUGCGCCAUACUAGAUGCAGGAUCAAUUACCGAUACACUUAAUAAUAUUACAAUAUGGUUACAAUCCAACCCAAAAGAAGUGAUUACUAUUAUGUGGAAUAAUCUUUAUGAUCUUGAUGCAUCUCAAAUAGCCAUGGCUUAUGAAUCAAGUCAUAUUAUACCCUUUAUAUACCUUCACAAUAACUCUUUAUCAUCAUGGCCUACAUUACAAGAAAUGAUUGAUUCCGGAAAACGCGUAGUUAAUUUUAUUGAUAGUAAAGCAGAUCCUGUUCAAAUACCUUGGUUAAUGGAUCAAUUUUCUAAUAUAUUUGAGACACCCUAUGAUAAUACUGACAUUAAUUCAUUUAAUUGCAAUGUUGAUAGAAUAGCUCCCAACUUGAAUCCUAAGGACCUUAUGUAUGUCCUAAAUCACUUUAUCUAUGGUGUAGUCGAUAUUGCUAUGAUUAAGAUAGAGAUCCCUUCAAGAAUAAAAGCUCAAGCAGUAAACGCUAAACCAUCCCUGAGUCAACAUAUUCAAAACUGUACAACCAUCUUCCAGAAGAAACCUAAUUUUAUCGAAGUUGAUUUUUAUACAAUAGGCGAUGCGUCAAGUAUAGUAGCAGAGCUGAAUGGAGUGACGUUAAAGAGACCUAUUAUGCCUUUGUCUAUCAGUACAGUGAACAAACCCACUACGACAAAACUCUCUAACGUCCAACAAAAGAAAAAUCAUCAUGUAACUUUGAGAGGUGAACUUCUGGAUGGCGGGGACAGUAUUUCGAUUUUCCUCUAA